CGUGAACUGAAAGUAGAGUUGACUGUUGCCAAGAGAAAAGAACAGAGUGCAAGGGCGUUGGGCUCGCCGUGCGUGUGGGUUCUCGGAGAUUGCUACUUCUUGACACUCCAUCUGUUGGACUCUCUAAAACUAGGCGGGUUGCACACAAAGACCAUCCCUAGCUGCCGGUUUUGGUGGAAGCAAACUGUCGAGAGGGCAGGCACAUCUAUCCCCUUAGUCAGGGGAAGAUAUGACCUAGCUGCCGCUCUGUUGAGUAGGGAAGAAAUCGCCUCUCGCAGGCAGCUCCAGCCGUCAGCUAGUGCAGCAGCUGCGAGCAGUUCAGCUCCUCCUCCAGAUCGUGCACCGUUGCCCACCGCGGAAUGGUGGGAGACUGAAGAUUUGACUAGGCUUUCGCUAGGGCAGCUUAAGGGAUUGAAGGAAAUCAUUGAGAGCAUGAUUGAAAAGUGGGUGGCUCGAAGGGACAAGGUCCAAACGAUUGUCCAGAAUUUGGAAGAGCAAGAGUGAAUAUGAUGCCAUGUUGUACUGUUUUCCGUUGUAUGGUGGGGGGUUGUACUGUUUUCCACGAAUUUGAUGCCAUGUUGGAAUGGCUUAGGAUAUUAGUCGGAUUUAGUUUUUUGUUCUGGAAUAUUUGUUGGUUUCAUUUGGAUAUCAGC